AUGGGGAGGUUCAUACUUGGUGCAGAGGGGGCUCCAUCUGCCGAGGCCAGUGAGGCCGAGGAGGUGUUGGUGGGAGUGGAUGAGAAAGGGGUGGAGGGGUGGACAUCAGGGUGCGCUGGGGAAAGGCAGGGAGCCCCCAACACGGCCCUGACGGAGGAGUGUUCCGCCGCAGCCAGCUGUGUGAUGGGGGUUCCCGCACAGGGUACAGGGGGGUGGUCCCAUAGGCGGGGGGCUGGGAGCUCGGCACCGGGGAACGUGGCGCUGAAGCCAGACCCAGAUAAAGCCGGGACUGUGGAAUGGAGAAAAGCCAGGAGCAGGACACAGUCCCUGAGUGCCCAGGUGCCCGAGACAGUCCCUGAGGAGACCGAUCCCGCACCCGGCGAGGACUACAGCCCGGUGCAAGUGCACGACUCACAGGAUAACACUGGCGUGUUUGCUGCCAACGAGAAGUACUAUGUGUUGUAUCCUCGCUCCUACUCCGUGGCGGGCAGGGAGCUUCCUGUUUGUGCUCACAGGGAAACUGCAGGGUCACUUCUAGAGGAGAGCCGAAUGAACAGGAAGGAAGACAACCUGUCUCUACCGAGCGUUGCUGCGACUAACCAGAGCCAUGUCCCGUGUCCAGGAGCCUCCACCCCCAGCUCAGUGUUGGGCAUACCCGCUCCUUUUCAACUGGCCAGUAUCACCAAGAAACCCAUCACCAAAAGUUCCCCCUCGCUUCUGCUUGAAACGGAUUCUCCCGACAAACACUUAAAACAGAACGCAAAGAAAAAGUCGUCUUUCAAGCGCUUCCUCCCAAUUAAACUGUCCCUCAAGAAGAAAGUGGACAACCGGAUCACAGUUGAGGUGAACGUGUGCAGGGUUGGCCCUUGCCCGGCCCCGGAGGCAGUCAGGGCUCUGGAUUUUGACAGGAGGAGUUUGGGCAACUCGCCCCGGUUAAAAACCCGCUCGGGAAAGAUGCGCAAAUCGGAUUCUGCGUCCACUUUUUUUUACAAGGACAGCAGAGCCAAAGGAAUGCCAAAGCAUUUCAGCAGGAGCGUGUCCAGAGUUGAGUCGUUCGAGGACAGGUCCCGGCACUCGUAUUCAUCACUUCCUCUGACCAAACCCAGGUCCAUUUCCUUUCCCAACACAGACUCCGCUGAUUACGAGAACAUUCCAGCUGUGAGCUCAGACUAUGAAAAUAUACAAAUCCCUCCCAGCAGAAUGGCUCAUUCAGGGCCCGUGGCCGAAUUCUUUGAAGAUCCCAGUAGGCAUUUCUCUUCGGCCUGCGAAAAUGAUGGUUAUGUGGACAUGAGCUGCUUUACUCCAUUGGAGAGCAGGCUGAGGAUAGACCAGGAACUGGCGAGUGUGGACAGUGAUGUUCCAGCAGUGCAUCAUCCAAUUGAAGAGAUGGUCUCCAGUGAGCAGACAGGCUCAGAGUCGGAGGAGCAAACGACACAGAUUAACACAGAAACGGAAGCAUAUCGUAUUGCAAAAAUGAUGACCACUUCAGAGAGAGUGUUUGUCAAUUUCCUUGAGGAACUACACUCAAACUUCAGAAAAGUGGUGGCGAGGAUAGUUGCUGGAAACACACAGCCCGCAGUCGACCAGGAAGGAGUGACCCGCAUCCUACGCCAUGUCAACGAGUUGCGCACACUUCACCAGGGAAUACUGAGAGAUUUGGAGUGGAGCACCCUGGAAUGGACCCGGACUGGCCCGAGUCUGGGCCAGGCGAUGUCUGUGUCUGGAGCUCGACUCCCCACCUACUUCAGGUACAUCGACCAGUUCGACAGCAGCGUUGCCAUCCUGGACCAGUGCUACUGCGAGUUACCUGGAUUCUCCUCGGCUCCACACCUGUCACAGGUGCCUGCCUCGGACUGUGGCCUCGUGAAGCAACAGCUCUUCGGGACCCUGCGACAGGUGCUUCAGUACCACCAGCAUUUGACAGAAUAUUUAAGGUGUGUGUGUCCUGAUACUGCUGAGUAUGAAGAUACGCAAGAUGUAAUGGCAACUGUGGCGGAAAUCAGUGAGCAGAUCCGGCUUCGAGUGAAACAUGGGGAAAGCCUCCAGGAUCUGGUGGAUGUUGAGCACCGGCUGCUGGGUCCCCAGCAAGUGUUCCAGCCCGGCAGGGUGCUUAUCAAGGAAGGACCCCUGCUGAGACUGAUUGAUGGAACCCUACAGCCUCGAUAUUGCUUCUUGCUAAGCGAUAUCUUCUUGUAUACAGCGCCCAAACAUUGCGGCAAGUGUCAGCUGCGUAAAGCCCUGCCAUUGGAAACAGUGGUAAAUGGACAUGUGGGAAAAGGAGGGGGAAGGGAUGACAUUAUCCCGUGCCACUCUGCUGGCACUUUUGGUUUUAUGAUGUUUCAAGUCACUGAGUCAUUCAGCAAGGAAGCAUGUCAUUCGUCCCACAAGAACCAUGUCCGGCACUUGUCCCACACCCUCCUUCCCCGUACAUUACACAUCCGUGUGCGUCUCCAUGUGGGACUGAGCCAUGUGGUGCUGAGCUCUGCUGACAUCCUUGUGUGUUCUCAGGUGAGCAAGUUGCUGGUGGACUCUGCGGAGGAGGCGCUGAGGAUCCAGAGUGUUCACGGCUCCCUGACUCUUUGUGCCAGCUCCUCUCAGGACCGUGAUGACUGGGUGAGUGCUGUCCGUGAUGCAGUAGAGGACCUGAGGAGCAUGCAGCUUGUCCACAUGUCGCCCGAGGGGCUGGAGGUGAACAGCGGCCUCGGGACCAUAGCACCCAUGCCUGUCCCCACCUUCCGUGCGAUGGCAUGCGUGGUAUGCAUGUCUGACUUAUUCCUCCCCUGGAGGCGGCUGCAUUGCGAUGCGUGUGGGAAGGUCGUUUGUCGAGCAUGCUGUCGAAACAAGCAUUCAUUUGGUCACCUCAGAGGCAGGGCCAGCCGGGUCUGUGACCAGUGCCACAAGGAGCUGAAGAAGUCAGGCUCCCGAAGGGACGAGGCCGAUCAGCCAUCCCCCACCCACUCCCCUGCCAGGCGUCUCUCCUCUGUGCUCAACAUUCUCCAUGUUCCACACACUCGUGGACAGAGGAACAAGCAACUGGCUCGGCCGCAGACAGCCGUCUUCAGUGAAGGGGUUUCAAUGAGUGGCAGCCUGCAGAGACGGAAGGCCAGCAGACGACAUUGGAAGAAGCUUUGGUUUGUCAUUCACCAGAAAGUGCUCUACACAUACAGAAACCGUGAGGACAACAUUGCAGCAGAGAGUCUGCCUCUCCUGGGCUUCACCGUUAAACAGUGUAAGGUAGACGAGCUCCCUGGAUUCAGUGCCCAGUUCCAGCUCUACCACAAGAACAGCCUCUACUACUCCUUCAAAGCAGAGGAUGCCAGCACAGCACAGAGGUGGAUUGAAGCCAUGCUUGGAGCGUCUGUGUUGUAGCAGUAAUGGCACCUGCUCACAGUGAGAUGGUCCCACUUUGGGUGAUCCUUCAGCGACUGUGCAGUGGCACCACCAUCAUCCACCAACGUGCUGGAGUUUCCGUGCAGCUCGGGACAAUUCUUCACCUCACCUUUGAGAAUCUUUGGAAUUGUUUACAGCUCAGCCUUCCACAGAAUUUGCCUACUUCCGUACAGUUAUAAGACGAUGUUGCUUUUCUGAUAGAAUAGCAGUGUAAAGUCUGCAGCACACUGUACACAGAACCCCUUGCAGCCCUCUUACUGGAAUGAGUUCCUCAAGGUUUCAUUUAAAUCUCUCUCUGGCAAUCUGAAUAGUCCCGAAUAUCUGACCUCAGAAAAGAGACCAAAGGCUCAGAAUAGAUUAGAGAUCCAGCAUCAUUCAUGCUUAAAGUUGGAGCAUAUUGAGGGUCAAACUGGAACUGUUGUUUUUUUUAAAUCAUUUUCAAUUGGUAGCAGAAUGGAUGUUCGGAAGCAAUAGACUCAGCUGCAUGCAUGAUUGCAACUGCAUGGGCCUUUAAUCCAAUGCCAUGGCAACACAGCCUGAUUUUCCUUUUCUGCUUUCUAGUGAAAUGUAGAGCUGAGAAUUUCUGAGACAAAUAUGGCCUAAUGGGAAUAUUUGUGCGAAUUGUGUGAUCUGAUAUUUACCCCAGCUAACAUCAGACCUGGUGAAUUGAAGACACAAGUGACUGCAGAAGCUGGACUCUGAAGCAAAAAACUAACUGCUGGAGGAACUCAGUGGGUCAGGCUGCAUUAGUGAAGAGCAAUACACAGGUGAUGCUUCAGGUCAGGAACCUUCUUCAGCCAGUUUAGGUUCACAGCCAGUGCCACAGUUUGGUGGGAUGGGUGUGGAUAUGGUCAUGGGAUUGGAGGUCCUUUGAGUGGGUGCACAUCUCUCUUUGACGUAGGGAUGUGAGGUGAGAGGGUUCCAGGCGCAAGGAAACUGAACGAAUCUGCAGGAGUUACCCGUGUUUGUGAACAAGCUGUGCUUCUCUUUUUCAUGAUCUGCAAUUGAACGCAAUGCUAGAGUUCCUGGAAAUAAAGUGAAUGUCGCAGAAGACAACUGAUUAUGCAGGGGGAAGAGUUGGAAUGCAAACCAUGUGCUGAGGGUGCCGAGUAAGAAGACAUGUGGAUAAUAAUCUGUUUUAUUCGAGUCAUGGCUUUGCAGUCGAACACAGGUUAGAGUUGCCGUCUGAAAUGGCAAAGGAAGGGGUAGAAAGUUUGAGUGAAAAGUAUUUGGAAUCAAUAAACAUUCUAAACCCAGUGCAAGUUAUUCAAUGACUAGCAUUCUGUAUAAAUUGCUAACUGACCCUGUAUUCACCACAAAAUCUCUGGAGCAACUGAAUUACUGAGCCAGGAUCUCUCUCUCUCUCUCUGGCUUGUUGAUGUCUGAGUUAACAUUAUUUAGCUUGGACGCUUUCUCCUUAAAUCCACGCUCCAUAGCAGCUAUGGAGGGAUGCCAAGUUUCAUAAUUAUCUGUUAUAUCUUGUUACAGAUGAAAGCAGGGUUUCACAGAGCAUGAAAAUGGGGCAUUUAAUGUUGCAGGCUCUUCCAGGAAUGCAGAGAUAAUCUCCAACUUAUUUUCAGUAAAGAAAUAAAGUAUUUUUUUUCACCAA